CUCAACCCAGUGCGUGCGCAUCGAUAUUCAGAGCCCGUGCUUUUACGGGCUAUGAACCCGUCUAACACGGCCAUGGAUAGUCGAAGCUUAUCUAUUACAAAACGGGCCACAAGCCCACAACUUCUUCUCCCAACGUCACAAGUCACCACCACGUUCUCUCUCUCUCUCUCUCUCUCUCUCUCUCUCUCUCUAACAAACUAUAAACCUCCAUCGACAGCAAACCAAAGAUCCGAUCGAAGAAGCGGCAGCUACACCGCACUAUUCCAUCGCCUCUCAGAAAACCGAAUCGACUCUCUAACUCCCCGGUUCAAUCAACGUGGAUAUUUAGAAAAACAGAUCUCAGGCUCUUAUUAGAGCAACUGACAAUUGGAGGAGAAGGAAAGAGAGGGAGAGCGAUGACAGAUCCGGCAAACACGCCACUUGGCAAAAUGCUAUUGGAGGAGAUCACUCCGGUGAUUAUGGUACUCUGCACUCCACUUGUAGAAGAAGCUUGCCUUAAGAACGGCCUCUCCCUUAUCCAAAUGCUCUCCCCUUUCUGUGACUUCACCAACAUUGACGUGCCUGUACGGACGGCAAGUGAUCAACCCUACAGGCUGCAGAAGUUCAAAUUGCGGUUGUUUUAUGCCACGGAUAUUCGACAACCCAAUCUCGAGGCAGCAAAGGAGAGGCUAAAGCAGGUUAUUACCCAGGUGGGGGAGAAAGAUUUUUCUGAAAUGUCUUCAGACCCACCUCAAGUUAACGAUCUUCUCUCUAGGCCUGAAUCUGAAAUUUUACCAUCAUGGUUUCAGUUUUUUAACAAAGAGCUUGUACGCACCUUGUCUUUUUCAGACCAUGAAGCUUUUGAUCAUCCUGUGGCAUGCCUUUUGGUCGUUUCUUCAAAGGAUGAGGAACCCAUAAAUAGAUUUGUAGACCUCUUUAACACCAACAAAUUGCCUUCUCUUUUCAAUGACGGUGCCAUGGACCCAAAGAUUUUGAAGCAUUACUUACUUGUGCAUGAUAAUCAAGAUGGUGAUUCAGAGAAGGCUACUAAACUUUUGAAUGAGAUGAGAAGUACAUUUGGGCCAACUGACUGUCAAUUACUUUGCAUUAAUUCUUCUCAAGAUGGGCAGAUCCAUCAUCAAGAGAACCCUUGGGCUCCUUUUAAAUCUGAUGCUUUACCUACCAAACAUCUUGGUUGUUUCCUCAAUCUUGAUAACUUCAGUGAGAUAAAAGAUCUCAUGCAAGAAUUAUCAUCUAAACACAUCAUUCCUUACAUGGAACAAAAGAUACGUGUGUUGAACCAACAGGUUUCUGCUACAAGGAAAGGUUUUAGGAAUCAAAUAAAAAAUUUAUGGUGGAGGAAGGGGAAAGAAGAUGCAAUAGAUACCCCAAAUGGUCCUGUGUAUACCUUUAGUUCAAUUGAAUCUCAGAUUAGAAUGUUGGGCGACUAUGCAUUCAUGUUACGAGACUAUGAACUUGCACUAUCGAACUAUCGCCUAAUUUCCACUGAUUACAAGCUUGAUAAAGCCUGGAAGCGCUAUGCUGGUGUGCAGGAGAUGAUGGGGCUUACAUACUUCUUGCUUGAUCAAUCAAGAAAAGAAGCCCAGUACUGCAUGGAAAAUGCAUUUAAUACUUAUUUAAAGCUUGGAUCUGCUGGUCAACAAAAUGCUACCAGAUGUGGUCUUUGGUGGGUAGAGAUGCUGAAGACAAGAGAUCAGAUUAAAGAAGCUGCCACUGUUUAUUUCCGCAUUUGUGGUGAGGAUCCUUUACAUUCAGCUGUGAUGCUUGAGCAAGCAUCUUUUUGCUAUUUGUUAUCAAAACCACCAAUGCUGCAUAAAUAUGGGUUUCAUCUUGUUCUCUCUGGUGAUCAUUAUAAAAAAUGUGAUCAGAUUAAACACGCGAUUCGCACGUAUAGAAGUGCUGUUUCUGUUUACAAAGGAAGCACAUGGAGCCUUAUCAAAGAUCAUGUGCAUUUCCACAUUGGACAGUGGUAUGGUAUUCUUGGCAUGUAUGAUGUUGCUGUCUCUCAUAUGUUGGAGGUCUUGGCCAGCAGUCACCAGUCAAAGACAAAUCAGGAGCUAUUUCUGACAGAUUUUCUUCAGAUUGUUCAGAAAACUGGGAAGACAUUUGAGGUGUUGAAACUUCAGUUGCCCGUUAUCAAUAUUUCCUCACUUAAAGUCACUUUUGAAGAUCAUCGAACUUAUGCAUCUGCUGCAGCAGCUAAUGUCAAAGAAAGCGUAUGGCGUUCACUGGAGGAAGACAUGAUCCCAUCAUUGUCUACUGCCAGGUCCAACUGGCUGGAGUUACAAUCAAAGCUUAUGCCAAAAAAAUAUAAAGAAUCAAAUAUUUGUGUUGCUGGAGAAGCAAUAAAAGUGGAUAUUGAAUUUAAAAACCCCCUGCAAAUCUCUAUUUCCAUCUCAAGUGUUUCUUUGAUCUGUGAGCUUUCUACAAAUCCUGAUGAAUUAAACUCUGAUGCAAAUAGUUCAAACAUUGAGCUCCAGAAUCAUGAAAACAACACAUCAACUUCCAAUGGGGAUGUCAACUCAUCUUUGAUUUUGUCUGAGGUUGACUUUUCAUUGGAAGGGUGUGAAACAACCUUGGUGCAACUAAUCGUUACUCCAAGAGUAGAAGGCAUUCUGAAAAUUGUUGGUGUUAAAUGGCAAUUGUCAAGUUCAGUAGUGGGUUUUCAUAAUUUUGAGUCUAACUCUGUGAAUAAAAAGGUUGUGAAAGGAAGAAGGAAAGCUAAGCAUUCUCCUAGCAAUGACUUGAAGUUUAUAGUGAUUAAGAGUCUACCCAAGCUUGAGGGUUUUAUUCAUUCUUUACCAGAAAAAACAUAUAUGGGAGACUUACGGCAUCUUGUGUUGGAACUAAGUAACCAGUCAAAAUUUCCUAUCAAGAAUCUGAAGAUGAAGAUCAGCAAUCCUAGAUUUCUAAAUGCUGGGAAUCAGAGGGAGUUGAAUGUAGAAUUUCCUGCAUGCUUAGAGAAGAAGAUGAAUGUUGAGCAAAUUGGUGGGCAUGCUAAUGUUAAUAAAAUGUUGCAGAAUGUGUUUCACUUUCCUGAGGACAUAUCAAUGCAGGAGGAAACAUCAUUAUCUUGGCCUCUUUGGUUUCAUGCUGCUGUUCCUGGAAAUAUUUCUUUGUACAUUACAAUAUAUUACGAAAUGGGAGAUGUAUCAAGCAUCAUGAAAUAUCGCACUCUACGAAUGUAUUAUAAUCUGCAGGUUUUACCAUCGUUGGAUGUAUCAUUUGAACUUAGUCCUUGCCCAUCAAGAUUGACAGAGUUCCUCUUGCGCAUGGAUGUUGUCAACAAGAACAGUUCCGAAUGUUUUCAGGUUCUUCAGUUGUCAUCUAUUGGGCAGCAGUGGGAAAUCUCAUUGCUUCAGCCGGUUGAUAGGAUCUUACCUUCUCAUUCUUUAUUUGCUGGUCAAGCACUGUCAUGCUUCUUCAUGCUUAAGGAUCGCAGGAGGUCAUCAACUUCUGAAGACAGUAUUCCUUCACAUUCCCUUCUUCAAAGUGAUAUAAGAUUGGGCCCCCAGGGUAACAGUGAAGCCCUCUUUGAUGUAUCUAGUUCACCUUUGGCUGAUUUCCAUGAUUGUGAAAGAUCGUACCAGGGAAUGUCAUGUCAGGGGCAUGAAUAUGAAGUUGAUUUCAUUUUCAUCACUCAACUGCUGAAGGGUAAUGUUGAUUCUGGUGCUCCUAGUACACCAUUUCUCUUCUCCCAUCAUGCUUGUCAUUGCAGUCUUUCAAGCAAGAGUCCAAUAUCAUGGUUAGUGGAUGGGCCUCAUGCCAUACAACAUAACUUCUCAGCUUCUCUAUGUGAAGUAAAUUUGAGGAUGACUGUAAACAACUCAUCUGAUGCUGUUGCAUCUGUCCAUAUCAACACCUUUGAUUCCUGCAGUAGUAACAGCCAAUCAAGUGAUGCUGCUGGAUCUCAGUCAGGUCUCCCUCCGGAAAACCAAGCAGGGUGGUUUGAUAUUCCAGUAGUAAAUGAUUUGAAAGUCAUCACAACUGAUACCCUAGCAGCGCGAUUUGCGAACUCAGUGUCCCUGGAAAGUGUCUCCCAGUUCAUAUGGUCAGGGUCAAGCUCAACUAAACUCCUACUUCAACCUAAAUCAACAGCUGAAAUUCCUCUUCAGAUCUGUGUUUUUGCUCCCGGUAUAUAUGAUUUGUCAAACUAUGUUUUGAAUUGGAAUCUUACACCCAUUAGCGACGAAGAAAAUCCAGGAGAAGCGAACAAGUCGGCCGGAGUGUGCCAUGGAUAUCCCUAUUAUCUCACUGUGCUACAAUCUUCUUAAAAUAUUGGCUCAUGUUCACCGGUUAUCUGCGCCAUUAGCAUUGAGAUCUUGAUUGUAGUAAUUUUGUAACUUUCACAUGUAAAUUACGGUGCCUUAAAUGUAUAAUUCUUGGUAUAAUAGGAUUUGAGAAAAGCUUAGUGAAGGUAAGAGAUGAAACUUUCCUUUUGGUUUUCAAAAUAAGGGAAACUAAAAAUGAAAUUAUUUUGUUAGUACUUAGUGUGAAUGGACUCAAUAUAUCUGAAUUGAGAAAAUUAGUUACAUUUUAUACAAAUCACAGUUCCUCAAUUUAAGUUCGAAAUUCAUUCCAUUUU